UGUCCACUUGCCAGCACAACUGGCCAGAGUCGGUUCCUCCUGAUUAUGGACAAUUUCUUUUGAAACACUCCAGUUAAAACACCAAGAAUGGGUGUUUUAAAGGCUUACAGAUUCCUCUGGAUUGUAGGAACAACUUUUUGGAUUUUACCUCACAUAAUUCUGGGAUUGUUAUCUGACUACAAAAUCUGUGGAGAUUCUGAGUGUCAAAGUUUAAUGAGCAGAGUGCAGGCCAUGAGGGACCAUCACAGUAAGGACUGCCGCUUCCUGAGCUUCAUGCGUGGAGAAAUCAUCUAUGUCUACCACAAACUUACUGGAAAGAGGGAUGAUCUCUGGGCAGGCAGCAUUAACAGACAGUUCGGCUAUUUCCCAAAGGAUGCUGUGAAAGAAGAGCAGGUUUAUGCAACUUCAGAGGAAGAACUAAUGACACAGGAAUCAGAUUUCUUCUGUACAGAUGAAUUUGGCUCUUUUAUUGAACCCACUCAUCUCGACACUGAUGAUGACAGCGAGUAUGAAAUACAAACCAAGGACUCAGAAACUGCUCAAGAGCUCAUCCACUCCCAUGACGACAAUCCUGAAGUUUCUUUGACUUCUGAAGAUGCUUCUUCAGAACAUUCAGUUUCAGCAGGAGGAGGAAGGGAACCUGUUGUUGAUGCAGCUGAACCUUAUGAGAAAGCUGAUGAAAUUCCUACAGAUCCUUCUGAACAAGAUGGGUCCCCCUCCUCCUCCUGGCUGGGCACUUCAGUGACGGGAUGGCUCGGUCUGGCUUCAGAACAACCUGACAAUUCAGCAGAAGGAGAGAGGGAUGAUGACGUGAAAGAAACGAAGGAUGAAACUUCACCCACUUCCUCCGCAAAACCAGACGAGGCUGAAGAAAAUGAGCAAACCGACGACAAAAAGGACAACUCAUUCGCAUCCACCAUGACUGGGUGGUUUAGCUUUGGAGGUGAGGAAAAAAAUGAGCAAGAUGAAGUAGAAAAUAAUGAAGAAGAUGAACAUAAUGUGAUUUUUAGGGCUCGGAAGAUGUAUUCGAGCAUGGGGAGCACACAGUUACACAAAGAAGAGAAGAAAGAGAUGGGGACACUGGAGUGGUUUGGAGAAAGUCUGUCCAGCAGGGUAGGGUUCGGCUUCACCAAACAGGAUCCGGGACAGGAAACAGGAAGUGAAGAAGAGAAGAAGGAAGAGUCGGUAUCAAAUUCUUGGAUGGAUAUAGGGAUUGGGGACAUUUUAGGCUUCGGGAAAGAAAAUAUUGAUGUAGAUGAGAGUGAAAGAAAUGUGGCAGAAAAGGAUGAAACCUUGGAACAACCUGUAGCGUCCCAGAGCACAGAUCCUGCAACAGAUGAACAAAAAACUGAACCCAGAAACGAGUCACACAUGGGAGAUCCAUCAAAAGACCAGCGUAUUCAAUCUCCAGAGACAAUCAAUGCUGACGGCAAUGAUCGUAUACAUGAUCAUUUAGAUGCUCUAGACAUAAUGGAGGUAGAUAUUUUGGAAGUUGAAGCUGAACAUGAAGUUAUUUCACCUCACACAAAGUCUGAGGAAAUAUCACCGGCAGUUGGUGGAGUGUCAUCCACGAUCAACAGCUUUAUCCAUACGUCCGAAGUGCAGGAAGUACAUGUGGAAGAAAGGAAUGACAUAGGUAAAGAGAGAUCUUUAGAAAUGGAAGGUGGACAUCUUGGGAUGCCCGCCACCUCAGAGGGAAGUAAGAGCGAAGAUAUGGAGCCUAGAGAGGAAAAAACCAAUAUGACAGGUGAAAAUCAGGACUUUGUAACACUAUCUGACAGUAAUGUGGGCCCUGGUGACAGAUUUGAAGAAACAUCAGGCUCCUCAGGGAAAUCGGCAGGGAAAGAUGAGACGGACGAAAAAGAUCCACAAAACAGAGAGAGCGUGGAGGAAGACGUGGCCGCAGUCACACAUGAGGUUUAUAACUCAGCCCAAUCCACAGAUGUGUUGGACAAAAGUGGUGACUAUCAUGAAAGAGUUAAGAGCAAGGAGGACACAGAUUUACCCCACAAAGAGAUUGUAAUGACUGCAACGGAGAAAUCGGCAGAGGAGGAUCAAGUGGGUGGUGAUGUCCGGGAAAGUAGCAAAGAGAGUCUCUUAUCGUCAGCUGAGAAAGGAAAUGAACAGAUCCUUGUUAAUGUUAGUUUUAUUCCUCCCAUUGCAGAAACAAAGGUUGACUUAGAUAACUUAGCUAUAACUAAUGAUAAUCUGGACCUUGAAAGCCACCAGGGUAAGCCAGGGAAAGUGGAAGAAAGUCCAGCUAUGGACGGCAGCUCUGAGGAAUUAGGAGCAUCACAUUCUCCUAGUGAUACUGAACAUCUGUAUGAGAACGCGUCUGAGGAGAGUGGAGGAACAAUGUCUUCUGGAGAGAGCACAGCAAUCACAGACAAGGAACAGGCUGUUAGUGAUGCAGAUUAUUUAGGGAAUAGUGGGAAAGAUCUGCAUGAGAAAACUGAGACGGAGUCAUCAGGCUUUGAGGACGUUUUGAGUCAAAGUAGACUAAAGUCACCGGACAACUAUGAAACAGAAAUUCCUAAAAUGGAAGAUGUAGAGGAGUCAAAGGAAACGGGAAUGAUAGAAACAAUAGAGGUGAAGCAAGAUGGAAUGAUGGAGGAUUUAAAGGGGAUGGGAGAGCAGCAAGAAGUGAGUGAGGUGGAAGAUAAGGGAGAAGAACAACAGGAGGAAGUGGAGAAUAAACAAAAAGAGAAUGGGGAAUUUAAGGAAAAGUCGAAAGAAACGGAAGAAAAUUCUGGGGAGGUAGAAAUUCCUAAAAUGGAAGAUGUAGAGGAGUCAAAGGAAAUGGGAAUGAUAAAAACAAUAGAGGUGAAGCAAGAUGGAAUGAUGGAGGAUUUAAAGGGAAUGGGAGAGCAGCAGGUUAAAGAGGAGUGGGUGGAAGAUAAGGGAGAAGAACAACAGGAAGAAAUGGAGAAUAAACAAAAAGAGAAUGGGGAAUUUAAGGAAAAGUCUGAAGAAAUGGAAGAAAAUUCAGGGGAGGUAGAAAAGGAAGAGUCGAGGGGAGAAAAGAAAGAAUUGGUAAUGUCAUUGAAGGGGGGAGGUGAUGCAACCGAGGCAAACGAAGAAAGGGAGCAAAGGGUGGAAGAGCUUAAGGAAAAAGAGAAACAGGUGGAGAAGUUACCUGGGCAAACAAUACAGAUGAGAGUGGAGGAUUCAGAGACAUUUGAAGAGGUAACUGAAAAAGAUAGAAAGGAAGAUGAAAGAGAACAGCUGCAGGAGGUAGAGUUGGAAAGUGACAUCGGCAGCCCAACCAUGGAAAGCAAGGAGAAAGAGACUCCACAUGACAACUUGGGAUCAUUGUUCACCGAAAAAACAACACAGAAGAUGGAACAAAGGGAAGAGAAAAAAGAGAGAGUGGUAGAAGUGACAGAUGAAGAAAUGGAGAGCGAGGAGGUUGUAGAAAAGCAGCCGAUCAAGCAUGUGGAGGAUGACAGCCUUAAAUGUUCAGGUGAACAUUGUUCUCAAGAAGGCAAAGGGGAAGUAGUGACAGAAGAAGAAGGAGAUGGAGAAGGCUCUGAGGAUGUUGAGAGUUCAGUAGGUGAAGAAGCAGCAGUGACAGGAGAUCAAAACGCUCAUAAAGACAGGACAGACUCCAGUGAAAAAACAUCAAAUAAUGCUGUCAGGAGGAAUGGCGACUUUGAAGUGACAAAAGCUGAUGGUAAAAUGGUUGGAAGUGAAUCCCGCAGAGAUGGAGAGGGAGAACCUGCAGCUUCACCUGAUGAACGUGAGGUUUUCACAUCUGAAGAUGAAGAUCCCCGUGGAUCCUCAAAUCCAUCUGGAGCAGCAGAGAGUGAAAGCAGAGGAGCAUUUAGUCUUUUCCAAAAUGCCUUUGGCCUUCUCAGCCAAACACCUACGUCUGAACCCGAGGGGUUCGUGGAAUCAGCUCUGAAGUCCGACAUCAAUUCAGGUGAGACAUCACAGCUACCGGCCUCGUUGACCCCUGAUCAAGAAGUGGAUUCCACCGCUGAGUUACACCAGGCUAGAGAAACGCAACUAGCUACUCCCACAGAACACCCAGAACCUCAUUCUCCCUCUACCCAAAACCCUUUCCAUGCUCAAGUCACAGAAACCUUCCUCCAAACAAAAACCCUGACCAAACUUUACAAAAACCUCCUCACCCACAUGAGUGUGGAAGAAACAUCGAUUUUGAUGGAAGUGUUUGGGAAAACCAAGUUACAGUUUUUAGAUUACAUUUUGACAAGUUCAGAGGCCUUAAAUGAAAUUACAGAUGAAGAUCAAGCUAUAUUGUUAGAUAUAGAAAGACUUCUGCAUCACUACAGGGAAUUUUCUCCCAGCAUGAAGAUGGAUGAUGCACCACAGGAGGACGAAGGAAAGACAAGAACAUUCAUUGCACUUAAGAAGCUGGAAAUGUUAUUAAAAACAGUGAAAGAGACUUUCAGCACAGGAAAAUCAGAUGUCAGUAAUCAUCAAGCUGAGCCCAGCUGUGCCGGUGUGUCAUGUUCAACUCAAGAUAAAGAUGAGGAAGUGCACAUCGCAGAAUUACCUCUAGCCCAGGAAGACAAGAUCCACAGAGAUGAGACGAUGACACCAGAGAAGGACAGUGGACAUGUGGAUGAUGGCAGAGAUAAAGAGAGGAAAUCUGUGGAUGAGGAAACAGAGGAGAAAGGAUAUGAAGAAGAGAGAGCAUCCAUUUCUCAACCUCUGCAAGGAUCACUACACUCACAGAAAGGGGUAAUGAAGCAAACUCUGGACUUUGUCUAUCGGGUGGCUAAAGACUCUAGCACUCAUGCUCAUGCACUGGGAGGAAAGCUGCUACGGCUUGCUGUUCAGGUUGUGUCGUCGCUGCCAGAUGACAUAAGACCAGGACCAGACCUGUAUGGUUUACCAUGGGAACUGGUCAUCGUCACUGGUUUGGUGGGGUUGGUGACGAUCAUGUUGUUCACCUGGAGAUGUUACAGCUCUAUCAAAAGCAGAUUGUAUCAAAAUAAGGAGCAUCGGAUGGCAGAACAAGUUACGCAGCUUUUGGACGAAAAGUGUAAAGUCCUUGAGACUCUAAGUCAGUGUCAACAAGAGUAUGAUGAGUUGGAGACUUUGCUGAAGGGCAGUGGCGUCCUGGCCCAGACUGAAAAGACGGAACAUCUAGAGGUCAAAGCCAGGCAGUUCGAACAUAAUAAAUUGGAGCUGGAACGGGAUCUGCAACAAGUGAAGGAUCAGAUGGAACAGCAGAGGGAACAUAAGGAAGAACAACAAAGAAGGAUUGCAAUGCUUGAAGAAACCAUUAGAGCAUUUGAAGAGGAAACAAAAGACCUCCAGUCACAGGAAGAACAGGCACAAACCACUCUGAAGAUAUACAAUAUGAACAGUGACAGGCUACAGAGGAACCUGGAAACAGAAGGAGAGGAGAACAUAGUUGUACAGGAGAGCAACAAUCAUUUGAGGCAGCAAGUGGAGGGGUGGGCAGAAAGAGUGAGUGAGCUGGAAGCAGAGAUGCAAAGAUGUGAGAUUGCUCACAGUGGGAUGCUGCAGGAUGUUGCCAACAAAGAUGAACGUAUAAUGUCCUUGACAGAUCGGCUGCUGCGGAUGAAAGCUUGGGAUUCAGACAUGGGGGAAGAGGAGGGUGAUGAAGGACGACAGAAAGAAGCUACUAAAGGGACUCCAGGAAAAGGAGAGGAGAAUGGAAGAAGGGACGCAAAAGACAUGCACCUCCAGAAAGUCCAGAAGCUCAUUUAUGCUGCAAAGCUGAAUGCAGACCUAAAAUCAGUGGAUGAGGAUAAAGACAGAGUGUUUGCCAAGCUGAACGAUGAAAUCAAAGCUAAAGAGGAACUGCAAGUGAGCAUUAAGGACAUGGAGAAUGAGAAGUUGUCACUGCAGUCUGACAGUGAACACUACACAGAUCAGGCCCAACGAUUACAACAGAAACUCCAGAUUAUGACAGAAAUGUACCAGGAAAAUGAACUCAAGCUUCACAGAAUGCUGACAGUGGAAGAGAAGGAACGUCAUCAAAAAGAGGAGAAGUUAACUAAAGCAGACAAAAACAUUGCAAUGGCUAUGGAAGAACUGAACAACUACAGGCAACGAGCAGAAGAGAUGGAGGAAGAGCUGGAGAAAACCAGAAAGUCCUACCAGACUCAGAUAUCGGCACAUGAAAAGAAGGCUCAUAAUAACUGGUUGGCAGCCCGAGCAGCAGAGAGAGAUCUUUCAGACAUCAGGCGAGAGAAUGGCCUCUUCCGACAGAAACUCACUGAUACGCAGUUUAAAUUGGACGCCCUUGACAAAGAUCCGUACGCCCUGAACAGCCUAGCAAGACCGCUGCCUUUUCGAGCUGAACGGUCACCAUACGGUCCUUCUCCUCUGGGUCGACCUCCGUCUGAACCCAGAGCUCUCCUCUCUCCUCCAACACUAAUGGAUGGCCCUGCUAGACUGUCCCCUAGAGUACCUCGUGGUCCAGGAGAUCUCCAAGGAGAGAUGGAACGCAGUGGAGGUCCUCAUUCAGACAGCGGUUCAAUCUCUCCUACAUGGGAGAGAGAUCGCAGGGGUCCCCCUCUAGGACCCCCAGGACCUCCAGGCUACAUGUUUCCAGAACCGGGAGGUCCCAUGUUCAGGAGACCUCCUCCUGGAGCCAUGCGGGGCAUGAUGCCUCCCGGCCCUCUCCAGGGUAGAGGUCUCCCCCCAGGACCUCCUCACCCUGCAGACAUGUCAGAUAGUUCGUUUAGAGAAAACAGCCUUGGCCCUGCUGAUCCGGAGAGUCGAGUGUCUGGUCCCGGUGAUCAGAUGGCUCCACCUGAACCAGAUCCAAGGAUGAGUGGCCCACUUCCCCCCGGAGCCCCGCUGGGUCCCAUGGAUGGCCCCGGAUGGUCCGGAAGAGGCCCUUACGGACCCCCACCCCGUCCUGACUUCUACCCUCCCAGGGGACCAGGAGGUCCUCCCAUCAUGCCUAUGUGGGGCCCCCGUCCUCCAGGAAUGAUGUUCCCACCUCGUUUCCCUCCCGGUGGACCUCCUCAUCCUCCUCAUCCUCACAUGUCCCCCUAUGGCCCCCCCGGUGGGCUCCCUCCUCCUGACUCCCUCCCUCCUCGCCCGCCUCACCCCUCACAGCUGCACAGGAAGUCACCAGAGGAGAGCACACCAUCGCCCGAAGACGCCAUUUGAGACUCACAGUUUUUACUUAAGCGGUUAUACGACACAUUUAAAUCAGCGGUAGACGGAUGAUGGGAUGUGACCGUCCCCCCCCAUUUUUCUAUAACAGCCAUUUCUUCAUGCAGAUGCUUUAUUUAAUGAAUAGUGUUAUUAGAGGGGACACAUCUGCCUGCCUUAGCUUGUUUUCCUUAAGUGUGCCUGCCCUAGUUCUUUCACAUGAAACCACAUCCCUUAUUUUUUUUUCUGCAUUCUUUCUCCCUCUUUGUCCCGCCAUCAUUCAGCUCUGCCCUUAUCCAGCUGAUAAUAGAAAUCAUAGUGACUGCAGUUAAACUCGCUCAGUUACAGCCAGUGUACGUUUGUGGUACUGUUGCCUCAUGAACCAGACACAGCUGCUUGUUAGUUCAACUAAGCUGGAUGCUUUUUAACAGCAUGACCAGGUCUCAAAAUAUGAAAGGACCCGUCAGCAUUUAGCGGCAAAAAGAAAUGGGAAAGAUCCAAGACUUUCUAGGAAAUAUAUUUUAGGACAGAAUUAUACAUUUUCUUAUACCAUAACAUUUGCCAUUGUUAUAAUUUAUAAAAUCUCAUCAUUUAGCAUGUGUAUUGUUGACAGAUUUGAUACUUGAAUCUGAUCACAUCAGGUCUUUUUUUUUUUUUUUUUUUUUUUUUGUGACUGAACCGAGUUGAUUUCUCAGAGAUCAAAUAAAAUAUUUUUUUUUUCUUUUUUUAAAUCUACUCAAAUAAAUGAAUUUCACUGACUUCCCCAGUGAGAUUCAGCGGACUUUGCCUUCAUUGGCAAAGUUAUUAGAAAAGAACGGCGAUGGAAGAGCAUUUUAAACCUGUUACAGUGACUUCCACACUGCCGCGGCUUCUGAGUGGCUCGUAACGGCUGCUGGAGUUUUGUAUUAAUUAUUAUUAUUAAGCUGUGACCCAGUGUGACAGUGAGGGGGAAAUGAAGUGGACUGACUGGAAUAGAGGCUUCCUCUGAAAGAUGAGAACUUUGUGAAUUUUGUAAAAAGUGAUUUAUUGAUGGACGAAUAAAGACUCUUAAAUUGUUGACGUCUCCAUAUCUCACUGACCUAAAACGGUACAUUUUUGUGCAUAGUUGUAAUUUACAAAAGCAUCAGUAGCAGCCACGAGUAAUGCAAUAUUUUAAUGUAAUUAUGUUAAAAUACUGUUUUGAAUAUUUGACAUGUCUAGUUGAAUAUUUCAAAAAUAACUUUUACAUAUACAGAACUGUUCAUAUAUGCACAUACACUCAACCAGACUUGUGAUGUCAUUUUAAACGUUAAUGUAGUAUAAUCUUGUUCCCAUGCAUGUAUAUAUGCUGUAAACUGUACAUGAAUACAGAUGUAAAUAUUUAAAGUAUAAAUAGUACAAGG